CAUACCUCGACGUCGCAAGCAGGCGAAAUGAGAUGACAAUUUUAUUUAUUUUAAAUAAAUUUGCAUACCUCGCCGCCACAAAAGAAGACGCGAAUUUCCCCAUGACUCCUCUUCACCUCACUACUAGUCGUAAUUACCUAGGUAUCUUCACGCUCUUCGAGUUCCCCAAAAGCCCCCCCUCCCAAUUCCCCGACAAUGUCCAGUGACGGUGGCGCCUUCCCGCGAAUCGACGUGGCGGCGGACGCAUCCGAACACUCCUAUUUGACCAAGCAUCGGAACCCGACAAACUGCCCUCCGAACAUCUCCACCGACGCGCACAAGCAGAGUAUGCGAGAAUGGAGAUCCUGGAGAAGCACCUGCCAGACUCGAUUUGGGUUCAGGUCUACGAGAACCGGAUCGAUCUCUUGACCGCGGCCAUUGCCGGGAGCCAGGGGACGUCGUACCACGACACCCUCUACUUCUUGGACAUUCAAUUUCUGCACUACUACCCUAAUUCGCCGUCGUGGGUCCGUUAUCCCGCCUGCUGGCAGCAUACCCCGCCGUUGUAAGUAGUACUGCUGCAAACAUCAUUGGUAUUGGGGAUUAGAAGAAAUUAGGGUUUUUUAUUUAUUUUAAAUAAAAGUGAUAAUGAGGUGAAAAUGAGAUUGAAAAUUUUUAAAAAUUUAUUUUUAUUAUUUUUAAAUUGGCACGUCACACAUUUAACGGUCAACUUUUAGAGUUGACCGCCACGUAAGCAAAAGUUAAUGGAGAGGGACCAAACGUGAAUGGUUUCAGUAAACUUAAGUACCACCAAUGAAUUUAAAUAUUUUGA